CAUAUAUUAUGUGCCACCCCCACCCCCCAUAGACAGUCAUAUCCUACAAGGAAAGCGCGAAAUGAAUGCUAUGGUCUCUAUGGAGUAGAUUUCUCCCUUGCUGCUUAAGAUAAGGUUCCAUUGUUUGUGUCUCCCUCCAUCAAAGAAUUAUCAAUCAAAACCCCAAAUCUCGUUCGCGAGCUGUGGCCAACACUCACCCACACACGCUUCCUUCGUCUCCCUCGAGCAGCAGGAAGCGCGCGGCCGAAGAAAGAAAUCUGAUUCUUCCCCUCUGUAUUGUCUCUUCAUCAAUCAAAACCAACGCCAAAGAAUCUUUCCUUUUCAUUUCUUUGAACAAAGAUUCAAUCUUUCUCUGGAGCCCUCCAUCCCGUCGGUCUCAAUCUAAUCGAAUCCGGAAUUUGGCCCCUCCCAUUGAGACCCAAUGACCGCGACUGCUCUGCAAACCUCGCUUUUACUCAACCCGCUCUCUUUCUCGUCCUCUUUCCCUUCGCCCUCUCGGAGCCGCCUUGGAGCUGUUUCCGUGAAGCAGCAUCGGUUUUCCCGCCAGCUCAGAUUGACCCUCAACUGCACUGUGCGUCCCCACAGUGUGAAUUCUUCCCGAGAAGAGCCAGAAGUUACUGAGUUGAGAAUCCGAGAUGGAGGGGACGGUAGAAUUUUGGACAAAAUUGACCAGAGUGGGGCGGAGGUGGGGAGUAUUGGCUCCAUGGAAGUGCAAGAAGAGGUAAAACCAGAUGGUUUAGUUGAGAAAGCGAAGAGGCUUCCGGUUGUGGUGUUCUUAUUGGGAUUGGUUGCUGGGAUUAAGAAAGGGUUGCUGUGGAUUUUACCGACCGAGCUUUUCGAUUGGGUGCUAAUGUGGAAGCAUGAAAAGAGAAUGCAGUUGUUGAUAGCAGAUGCUGAUGCUAACCCCAAUGAUGCGAAUAAGCAGAGUGCAUUGUUGGCUGAGCUGAAUAAGGACAGCCCGGAGUUAGUCAUCAAGCGAUUUGAAGAUAGGGCUUAUGCGGUAGACAGUAGAGGAGUUGCAGAAUAUCUCCGAGCUCUUGUGGCCACUAAUGCUAUUGCUGAGUUUCUACCUGAUGAGGAUUCUGGAAAGCCUUCUACUCUUCCUUCUUUGUUACAAGAAUUGAAACAACGUGCCUUAGGGAAUUUGGAUGAUCCAAUCUUGAACCCUGGGGUUUCUCAGAGGCAGCCAUUACAUGUUGUUGUGGUUGAUCCUAAGGAGUCAAAAAAAUCACCACGUUUUAUUAAUGAGCUUCUCUCCACUGCCGUGUUUGCACUUGCUGUUGCUUUGUUAUGGUAUACGGCUAGUGCAGCUCAAAAAUAUAUUGGUAGCAUUGGCGGUGUAGGUGCUUCAGGUGCUGGCUCAAGUUCAUCUUUUUCCCCUAAAGAGUCAAAUAAGGAAAUCAAGCCUGAAAAGAAUGUCAAAACAUUCAAAGAUGUCAAAGGCUGUGAUGAUGCCAAAAAGGAGCUCGAGGAGGUUGUCGAAUACCUUAAAAAUCCCACUAAGUUCACAAGGCUUGGGGGGAAAUUGCCCAAGGGCAUUCUUUUGACUGGAUCACCUGGAACCGGAAAAACUUUACUGGCAAAAGCAAUUGCUGGAGAAGCAGGGGUUCCUUUCUUCUAUAAAGCGGGCUCUGAGUUUGAAGAGAUGUUUGUGGGAGUUGGUGCACGUCGUGUUAGAUCGUUAUUUCAAGCAGCUAAGAAGAAGGCUCCUUGCAUAAUUUUCAUUGAUGAAAUUGAUGCCAUCGGGUCAACUCGGAAGCAAUGGGAGGGUCACACCAAGAAAACACUGCAUCAAUUACUAGUUGAAAUGGAUGGUUUUGAGCAGAAUGAGGGUAUCAUCUUGAUGGCUGCAACGAACUUGCCAGAUAUACUUGACCCGGCUUUAACCAGGCCGGGUAGAUUUGACAAACAUAUUGUUGUUCCAAAUCCAGAUGUUCGAGGUCGUCAAGAAAUACUAGAACUCUAUUUAAAGAACAAACCCGUUGAUGUUGAUGUUGAUGCGAAUGCUAUUGCUCGUGGAACACCAGGCUUCAAUGGGGCAGAUCUUGCAAACCUUGUGAAUAUAGCUGCUAUUAAGGCUGCUGUUGAAGGUGCUGAGAAGUUAACUGCUUCACAGAUGGAGUUCGCAAAAGACCGGAUAAUGAUGGGAACAGAGCGGAAGACUAUGUUUCUAUCUGAAGAGUCGAAGAAGCUAACAGCAUAUCAUGAGAGUGGACACGCAAUUGUUGCAAUGAACACGGAAGGUGCACACCCGAUCCAUAAGGCAACGAUAAUGCCACGUGGGUCCGCCUUGGGGAUGGUGACGCAGCUCCCUUCAGAUGAUGAGAGCUCAGUCAGCAAAAAACAGUUAUUAGCACGGCUUGAUGUUUGUAUGGGAGGGAGAGCUGCCGAGGAGCUUGUCUUUGGUCAAGACCAUAUCACCACAGGAGCGAACAGUGAUCUCCAGACUGCUACUGAACUCGCCCGUUACAUGGUGGCAUCUUGUGGGAUGAGUGACACGAUCGGACCGAUUCAUAUAAAAGAACGGGCGAGUGCGGAUACGCUAUCGCGCAUUGAUGCCGAAGUGGCUAAACUCUUAAGAGAAGCUUACGACCGUGUGAAGGUUCUCCUAAAAAAGCAUGAGAAGGCAUUACAUGCUUUGUCCAGAGCUCUUCUUGAGCGCGAGACAUUGAAAGCCGAAGAAAUAAAGCAAAUCCUUCUUCCCUACGGUGAAGCUCAACCCUCUGCAGAUAGUACAGAACACCAACAACAACAAGAGGACGAGGAACUUGCGUUGGUUUAGAUUUGGCUCCUCUCUACGUGUGUGGGGUCCGUUUGGCAUUAGCUUCAACUGCUCGGAGGGGAGACUCUCCGCGGGGCAACGACUCGGUACAUCAAUUUUUAUUCAAAUGAUAUAUGAAUUCGUGUCGUUUUCUAGGCGGGAGGAUGGGGAUGGGUGCAAUAGAUUGAUUGGAAUGGACUAGCUUUUUUAAUUGGAUCAAAUUGUAUUUUUGUUCUAUAACUUUAGUGCAGUGUUUUGGGCAAAUUACAUGUACAGUCAUUGGGCAUUUGACAUUAUUGUACACAAACGUGUUCAGUUCCUCGUAAUUAUUUCUCAUUUUCUACACCAAACCAAACGAACCCUUCAUGUAUCAUUGUAUCACCAAGAGUUUGGGCUGAGAUCAAU